AUGUCAGCCAAUGAUAAGAUUCGAAAACUUUGUCGAAUAUGUGGUGAUGUUGGUUCCAUAAAUAUAUUUGGAUCAUUAGGACAGUCAUUAGAUUUAUCUGAAAAGAUAAAUACACUAUUGCCAAUACAUAUAGCACUAAACGACCGUCUUUCAAUAAUGGCUUGUGAUGCUUGUGUCAAUCAAAUAACAACAAUGAAUCGAAUAGUGGGAAUAGCUAUUCAUACCAACGAGUUGAUGAUCAAACUACUAGAAAAAAAAGACAGUACUUUUCAAGAAAGGAUGCUGAAACUUUGUCGUAUCUGUGGAAAUCCUGGACUGUUGCAUAUUUACAAUCAACUUAAUGAAAAUUCGCCGAACUUAGCUGAUAAGAUGAACUCAUUUUUAACGCUUAAAGUGUCUCCUGCUGAUCAGCUAUCACUGAAAAUUUGUCAAAAUUGUUUUAAUCAAGUAGAAGAUGUGUACCCUCUAUUUGAAUAUUGUCAUAACACUACACAACUAAUGUCGAUGAUUGUUGGAAACGUACCACAGGAUAAUAUGAAUGUUGAAAAUGCCUCGUUAGAAAUGUCUGAAACCUUUCAAAAUAAUUUUAUCGAAUUUGAUAUUAAUGAAGUAAUAAUCCAAGAAAAUAACAAUAAAGAAAAUGAGUUUGGCAAUAAUAUGAAGGAACAUGAUACUGAAAAUACUAUACAUUCGACCCGUAAUACGUUUACAAGUACUAAUCAAAUACAAUGUUUACGUUGUACAAAUAUUUUUACCUGUGGUACAGAAUUGAGACGCCAUAUUCUGUUAAACCAUAACUUGAAAGACUUGGAUUGUCAUCAUUGUUUUCGUCGCUGUGCCAAUUUAUUGGAAUUUGAAAACCAUGUAAAAUUACAUUUUAAAGCUGAACACCCAUACUAUCCAUGUGAUUUAUGUUUGCUCAGCUUUAACAGUUUGGCAAGUCUUAUACUCCACAUUAAGACACAUGACAUACCACAUUCCAAAGAGUGGGCACUUAUUUACAACCUAUCUGAUAAAUCUUCAUCUUUUAGCUGUAAAUAUUGUAAUAAGAUUUUUAUACAUGAAGCAUCAAGGCAAAUCCAUGAGCGUAUUCAUUUUACAUGCUUAAUAUGUGAGACAUGCGGUAAACAAUUGCCAAACAAGUCUCAGUUGAGUGUACAUCAGCGUCAACAUACCGGAGAAAGGCCUUACCAGUGUAUGAACUGUGGUUCUUCGUUUAAAUGCUUGUCAACAUUACGCCAGCAUGAAGUUGUACACUACGAAAAAAAAUACAGCUGUGAAGUCUGCCUGCGUAAGUUUAGCCGGCCAGAAAAGGUUCGUAUACACAUGAGAGUACACACUGGGGAAAAGCCCUACAACUGUUUGAUAUGCCAUAAAAAUUAUCAACAGAAAAACGAUUUAAAUCGUCAUAUAAAGAAGAAACAUGAGGAGAAUUACGCUAUGAACAAUAUCAGACUAAAUUUGUUUUAA